CCCUGCUACAGAGCCUCACUUGGAUCCUUGUAUAUGAGUAGCUGCAGUAGGUGACCUGAAUGUGCGUGGGAAAUAUGCAGCCCAGCUAGCGCGCGAACGGUGAACGUUUACCUCUGGAAGAAACCCCUCGCGAUCUAGGCAUCUAGGUUGUCCUCCAUUUAGGUAUUUGUGCAAGAUCAGGAGUAGCUGUUAAAUUGGUUCUGUCGUGUCGGCAAUAAGCGAGAACGAUGCACGCUCACACAGAGGACGCGCCUCGGGAAGACGAGGCAGCGUCUACGAGCUCUGCAAAUGCACCAAAGGCGAAAUUGGCCUCCCAGCCGGAUCCACAGCCGCAAGCGCAGCAGCCAUCCAAUGACACAGCGGACGGCAUCGCAAUCACGAAGCCCGCUAACGACGAUUUGCAAUACCGCCACCUCGUCCUGCCCAACAAUCUUCGCGUUAUGUUGGUUAGCGACCCAACAACCGACAAGGCGGGAGCCGCCAUGGACGUGUUCGUGGGCAGCCUGUCCGACCCGGACGCCUUCCCCGGCCUGGCUCACUUCACGGAGCACAUGCUGUUCUUCUCGUCGGAGAAAUACCCGGUGGAGGACGAGUACACCAAGUUCAUUUCGGAUCACGGAGGUACCACAAACGCCUACACGGCCGCGGAACACACCAACUACCACUUCGAUGUGAACUGGGAGGCGCUGGCGGGCGCGUUGGACCGCUUCGCGCAGUUUUUCAUCGCCCCCACCAUCAGCGAGGACGGCAUCGAGCGGGA